CUUUGCCACACGACGACCUGGACCUUUUCACGUUGCUACGCUCUGCAAAGACAAUUCUACAUCUUUGUUCUUGCGUCGGCCGCAGCCACAGGCGCUUUCAUUGUCCUGUACUCUGUCGAUCCUAGACUGAGCAGACAAAUUGGAAUUGGCCUUGCUCAGCGGGCAGCCAAAAGCAAACCGAUAAUGACUUGAUUUCUCCCUGACUCGGAAUAGCCGAUGUCGAGCAUCACCUCAGCGCUUGUUCAUCUCGUCAUCGAGACGAGCUGAUUCGAAUGGUCGACGAGGACCUUGCAGCUGUAGAAAGCAGCAUGGAGAACUCAGCCCUCAAGGGAUGGCCAUGCCGACGCCAGGGCGAAGGCGCCAUCUUUACUUUGUAUUUGUCAGUGCCCUGCGCGUUCAAGGAUACCACUGCAGGUGCAAUAUCCACUCUAUUCUAUAUCCUCGCGCGACGGCCAGACAUACAACGGCGCGCACGGGAGAAAGUUCUGAACGUUCUGGGUGACGAUCUCAAUCUCGACCUGAUUGUCGAACAGCUCUCUGGAGUUUCAUUAUCGUAUCUUACCGCGUGCGAACCAACCUGUCCAGCUCGGGAAGUACUCUACUCCCGCACAUACUCCCCUGAUUGUGAAUAUCUACGCUAUCCACUACGACGGCAGACGAUGGGCAUCUCCCGACUCUUUCAAUAUAGAGAGGUUUCUACAGCGCGGAUGGUAGAAGUCUGGAUGGCUUUCCUACCAAUACUGGAAGUCGAAAACCUGGCUUUCCCUGCUGCGCUACGCAACCUGCUCUCAACACGCUCUUGGUCCGCUCAGUGCCCUGCGAGAAAUUUUGCGAUGUACGAGCAGAGGGCGCUGGCGGCCGUGUUUCUCAGGGAGCAUGAGUGGGCUUUGCCGGAGCAUUCUAUGGACCAUAGGGAUUCGUUGAAGAACACAUUCUCGCCAUUUGCUUUGAUGUUGCUUCAUGAUUUGGAGCUCACGUUCACGCGAAGGAUGUCAUUAGGUGUCCCGAAAGAUGGGGAGUAG